GGUCUGACAGGUCUAAGGUGAAUUACCUGUGUAGAAACCGAUACACGCUGUUACAGAUUCAUUCAGUGAAGACACGACGGAAGGAAAACCUGAAGACGAGGUUACACACACGUUGCGAUCAGGAAGAGAAGACUAGCGUACAGUCAUUAUGGCAUAUCGGAUGUUUGAAGGGAAGGACCAUGCGUGCCUCUACCAGAAGUACCGCUUCACGCCCCCAGAUCAGCUCAAGACCAUUGUUCUCCAAUACCUUGAUAAAAAGAAGGGACGGCCGCACGUGCUGGCAGUGGAUGUCGGCUGUGGAACGGGUCAGAAUUCACGAGUGUUCGCGGCGGAUUUCAAAGAAGUGAUGGGCGUUGACGUGAGUGAGAGUCAGCUGGAGGAGGCCAGAGCUGUUCCAGGGUUCCCCAACGUCAUGUACAGGAGCGGAACGGCAGAGGAGCUUCCAGUGGCAGACGGCUCCGUUGACCUGCUGACAGCGGCAACAGCCGCCCACUGGUUCGACCAGUCCAGGUUCUUGACCGAGGCAGAUCGGGUUUUGAAGUCCCGGGGCUGCUUGGCUCUGAUGGGUUUCAAUGAUAAUGACACUAAGCUCCAGUACCAGAACUGUGGAGAAAAACUGAACCGCAUCUAUGAAGAGGUGAAACAGGUGCUGACUCCAUACAAGACCACCCCAGUGGAUAUAUGUGAAAGCAAGCUGGAGGCGCUGUACACGGCCAUCCCAUAUCCAGACAAAGACAGGAUUGAGGGUAUUAAAAUGAAGAUUUACACCCCGCUGCAGAACAUUCUCGGACUUAUUGAGACCUGGUCCGUGUUUCAAACUUACAAGAAGAACGACCCGCAGGCAGCCAAUGAGCUGGUGCAUAACGCUCAAAAGAGAUUUCUGGAGGAAAUGGGUGUCACCGACCCCAACACUGAAAUCGAGUACACAAUGGAAUAUUACUGUGUUCUGGCAUCAAAGCCGUAAUAAUCAAGACUAUUGGUUGUGAGGCUGCUGAGCUGCAACUAAGAAGCCUUAUAGCCAAGCCUCGUUGGCCCAGAAGAGGCCGUUCCUGUCGCCCUCGACCCAGAAGAGGCAGUCCUUGCCCAUGGCAGCCUUGAAAAGGCUGCUCCUGGAGGUCCUGGUGGUCCAGACCGGUUCAGACCAGUCCUGGACCCCUGUGCCAUCAGCUCUACUCUUCCCUGGAGUGCCUGGUGGUUCUCCACAAUGGGGUUAUCUAACUGUACAUGUCAAACACGUUUGAAUGUUGACUUGUACUAGAUUUAUUAUAAUCUUGUUGCAUAAACUAAAAUGUUUAGAAGCACCUAAAAAUUAAUUUGCAAGUGAAUAUAAACAUAUUUUUUAUAUUACCUAAACCAAGAAUUCAGUUUUUGCUUUUGUUUGUUAUACAACUAUGAGAUCAAUUGAGUAAUUAGUGUAAUGAAAAGUGUAAUGGAGUGCAGUUUUGAAGAAUCUGGGAUAUUGAAAAUAAUAUUCCAUAUACUGUACGUGUAGACACAAAAUACACACAAAUAAAAAUACAUUUUCCAACA